GGUACAGGUAAAGAGACGGCGUAACAUUACGGUGGGAGUCAGUUCUGUUAUAGUAGGCCAUGAGGCAGCAGCAACUCUCGUGCUCCUGCAGGCCUUGCUCGCGAACAAACACCGCUCUCUUUCUCCUCGUUUCUGUUCUGGCGCGCGCAAGGCGCGCAUCGGGUACCAUCGCACCGUGAAAAAUCGCAUUGCGAGUUUAUGCCGUUUCGAAAAAUCAAUUUCAGGCACGGGCGAAUUAUCGGAUCAACGAUCUCAUAAAGAAAAAAAAUACGUGAGAGAGAGAGAGAGAGAGAAGACCCGCGCCCGGAGAUCAUCAAUGUGCAAAAUCGAUUAACUUCGAGUCUGCUUUCUUCGCUCGAUCUCCUCGAGAUUGGCGCGCGUUUCGAUUGAUUCGACGUAUGUCGAAGUGAAACCUGACUGUUCCUUCGAGUGAUCAUAUACCUGUGUCGCAAAUAUGUUAAGACGUUAGUAAUAAGAACGAGUUUGCGCAAGCGACGAAUUCGGAGCCCGAGGUUCUUUCGUGGCGGAGAAAGCGGACGGCUGAUCGAGUGUACUCGACGAAUGUACACCGAGACGUAGCUCUUUUCCUGGUUCUAUUUCAAUCUUUUUUAAACCACAAAGAAAGAGGAAGACGACAAACAGGAUGAGGAAGUUGUUCCCAUUUUGCGAUUUAAUUUUAUUACAUUAAUUGCACGGUUAUUAUUGAAAACUGUCACACAAACUUUCGAAAGAUUCUUAUCAAUGGAGCAAUCUCUUCUCUCAACAUCAAUGUAUUAGAAAAGGCGACAAGAAAAUUAGCCUUGUAAGAAGAAGAGAAAAUUGCCCGGAUUGUGAGGAAAGCAAGGAUUUAUCGCGAUCUUUCUCCCGUGGUACAAAGAUAGGAAGAACCUUGCUGUUCCUUCUCGGUCUUUGAAUUCAGCAGAAACUGUAGGCAAACUUGAUGUCUUCGCAUCUUCCUAAUGCGAUCCACUGUAGCACGAUGGAUUUCUAACUGUUCACAAUAAUGGUGGACUUUUAAAGAGGUUUCCGGGAUUGUCCAGAGACGUGAGAUGAUUGGCAAACUUCUUCUGACUCUUUGGAUAUUACAAUGGACCAGUUUUAUCGAUCCCGUAGCGGGACAAUUCUCAUCUUUAGACGCGGACGAAAUGAACGACGCGGAAAUUUUUCGCGCAGUCGUCGAAUCGAUGAGGCAAUGGACUCUUCACAAGACGCUCUAUCACAGGAAGAAAAGAGAAGUGUCCAAGGUAUGUUACGAGGACGUCGGUUGCUUCGAGGAUACCGGGCCUUUCAGUUAUUUGGAAAUGUUACCGUCACCACCGAAGGACGUCGGAACCAGAUUCCUUAUAUACGGAACUAGAAGGGCAAGAUCGAUCCCUAUGGAGGUAUCUGCCGAUGAAAUAAAUGACAAUACACAUCGUGCCAUAGAUCCCGUUCUACCCACGAAAGUCAUCGUUCAUGGCUUUGGAAGUCAUUGCCAUCACUUGUGGGUGUAUGAUAUGAGAUCAGCAUUAAUGAGCAUCCAGGACUGCAAUAUAGUUUGUGUGGAUUGGGGCCCCGGUAGCGCUGUGCCCAAUUAUGUAAGGGCAGCCGCCAAUACACGACUGGUGGGUCGACAAUUGGCAAAAUUAAUUCGUAACUUGAACGUGCCGUUGGAAAAAGUGCACAUCAUAGGCUUCAGCUUAGGUGCGCACGUCGCAGGAUUCGCUGGUGCUGAGCUAGGAAAUGUAUCUAGAAUAACCGGAUUAGAUCCUGCAGGGCCACUUUUCGAGUCGCAAGAUACGAGGGCUCGUCUGGAUGCAACGGAUGCAAAUUUCGUAGAUGUUAUUCACAGCAACGGCGAGCAGCUCAUUUUGGGCGGACUCGGUUCUUGGCAGCCCAUGGGUGAUGUGGAUUAUUAUCCAAAUGGCGGAAAAGUGCAAAGUGGAUGCUCAAACAUCUUCCUUGGCGCUGUUUCUGACAUCAUCUGGUCGAGCGCGGUCGAAGGAAAAUCGCUGUGCAAUCAUCGACGAGCGUACAAAUUUUUCACCGAUUCCGUCAGCCCGAAAUGCCGAUUCCCGGCUUUUCCCUGCGACGAGGGCUACGAGGGUUUGCUGAAGGGCGAAUGUUUCCCUUGCAGCAAGAAUAGCAUGGAUCGGUCAUGCGGUAACAUGGGUUAUUACAGUAAUGAAUCGUCUGCCAGGGGUAAGCUCUAUCUGAUGACUCGAGAAGACGAGCCUUUUUGCGCUCAUCAGUAUCAGAUCAAGGUAUACAACAGUCGCAACGAGAGAUCCGUCAAGACUUAUGGCAAGAUUCAGAUCAUACUUGUGGGAAAAGAUUCUUAUAAUGACACAUUCGCGAUGACACGCAAGGACGAAGAACUUUUGGUAGGAGCCAUAUUACAGAAAAUUGUUGUGCCUCAUCCUACAGUUACUAAUCUUGAAGCAAUCGAAAUCAAAUACACGGCGUAUAGUGGCUGGAUAUCAUCUGGCUUAGUAUCCUGGAUCAUCGACAAGGUGGCUAUCAUUGACAGUUUCGGCAAGACUCUGUCAGUUUGUCAAAAGGGUUUGAUCCUGGAAUCUGACCGUCCAGUCUACCUCCCUCUUUACCCUGGCGAGUGCAAUAUUCCUUUGGACAUUGAGAACUCCACCAUGGCCUCGGCAUCGGCGCACGAACACGUAACGGUCGAGGAGAAGCAGCAACAGCAGCCGGGCAGCAUAGGACCCUUUACGAAGGAGCAGAAUUAUGAGACGAAGGACUCCGGAUACUCCGUAGAAGUUCUCUCGACGGACAGAAUGGCGCAGAGGAAAAAUCUCGGUCCGUUCACGAAGGAGCAAAAUUUACGCGUCGUCGAGGUCGAGACGAUGGCCUUCGCAGAGAAUACGGAGAAGAGGCGCAACAUCCCGAAUCCUUGGACUGUCCUGGACAUAUCCAGCGAUGGCGACUCGAACUCCCUGGAGAACGCCGAUUCGGAGCACGGACGAAGCUUCUCCGGCGCCAACCUGAUCUAUCACACGGCGAUGCAGCCGGUUGCUGAAGCUAACGUCACCACUUCUACCACCACCGCCACCAGCACCUCCACUGUAAUGAGCACGGAAUUACUGCCAGAGAUCAGGGAACCAGUGCUGCGACCGAACAAGAAGGAGACCGGUCGAUCGCUGAAGUUGCCCGAGAUCACGGAGCCGAUCCUGCGUCCACGUGCUACUAGGCACAACAUGCGAAACGAGGCGGUGUUCCAACAGUUCGAUGAUCAGCGCGAUGAGAUACAGGAAACGUCGUCCACUUCCACCAGGUCGUUCACCGUGCAAUUCUUGCCCGAGCGACUUGCGAGUAUCCUGGCGCAGGCCGAACGAUAUGCUCGGCAGACCUUGCUGCCUUUCAUCUCGCAGUACACGCCGAGUUUCAUGACUGGGAUGCGGUCUCACGAAGAGCCCAAGUAUUUUCCUCUCCUCGGUGAUGCAGCGCAGUCGAGGAACACCGACGCUUCCGGUGAGAUCGACAAGACGACCGGUCGACAGCGGAAUAAUGAUCAGUUCUUGCAAAAAGACACGAAGCAACGUAAAUCCGACGAGUCGUUCGGCCUUGUUGAAGAUGGAAGGCGUUACAAGGACUCUAAAUCGAGGACGCAAACGAUGGGGAACGGCGAAAACGUAAGUAACGAGUAUAAUAUGUCGAAAGUCGAAGCGCCGCCGGUGAUAGUCGAGGCUGUGUAUCCGGAGAAAGUAGCGAAUGCUAAUUUCACCGAUCCAUCGGAGGCGAGAACGGCCGAGAUCCGUCGUGAGGACGGCGAUUGGCGGCCGAUCGAUGAGUCGACGAAGAAUACUUCGUCGCGAAGAGACUUGAAUAUCUCGCGAUCGUUGGACUGGUCUGUUGAUUCUAGCCGCGACUGGACUUUUUCGGCAGACGCGAAUUCCAAAGCGAAAGUCGACGGCGAUUGGAUACCAAUUACAUUCAAGAAUGACGCUGAAGCGUUGACGGCUGCGCGACUUCAUUCAACGACGUUAGAUGAAGAAACAGCCAGGAAGGAGCCUGAUGUCGAUAAUUCGCAGAAAUCCGCCCAAGAUGUAAUCUCCGAGAUUAAAGAGGAAACCACGACCCCCCCGAAUACAUACGAGAGAAAAUUCAUACCUCUGCUUGAUCUGGAGGAGACGACAAAUUCCCAUGAUAUUUCAGAGUCCACGACUGCUUCGCAUAUACAAAAAAUUCCGAGGGAGACGAUGAAGAGUGCCAGGAUGAUGAUGAAAUCCACGAUGAUGUUCCCGUACGCUUACGAGCGAAGAAACGAUCCCAGGACGAGAUAUAUACCGUUGAUCCCGGAAGAAGAUAUGGGCAAGCCUUACUCGUUGAUGGAAAGAGAUCGUUGACAUUAUGGUCGCUACAGAUUCACUGAAAAAUAAAACUCAAAAGAUUGUUCAAUGAUGAAAUAUUCGCAAAACGUAUAUUUUUCGUUGUAGCUUCUAACAUGUACUAUUUGAUAUUAUUCCGAUAAUUAGAAAAAAUUUCUCGUUUGUUUUUUAUAAAUUGAAUAAUCUUGCAUUAAUUUGGUUGAAUUAUUCCGUCGUUGUUUAUUAUAGAAAUAAGAAUGUAAGUGUAGAAAAAUUCACGAGGUUGUUGUUACUCCAUUGAAGAACGAAAGAUUAUUCUUGGCAUUAUUUUAAUCAAAUGAAAAUAUUUGCAUGUAUAAUAUUUCUAGUAUUUUUAGAAACCAGAUACUAUUUUCUUUGUGAAUAGAAUCUUAAAUGCAUGCUGUUAUUUUCAAAUAAAAUAAGUAAGAUUGUUUUGCUUUAGCGAAGUUAUUUUUCAAAAUUAGCUACGCAAGAGUGAUCUGUCAAUGAUGAUUUUAGACGAAAAUGAUUAGUCUGAUUACAAUGGCGUUUAUUUCAAAAUAGAAUUUGUCGCUAUACUGUUAUUAAUAAUUUACAUUGAGAGGAAGAGAAAUAUCUAAUUUAAAAUAAAUUUAAAAUCUAUUCGUACUGUCUCUUAUAAUUUUUGUCUCAAAAUUAAAUGCGCGAUUUCUUGAUAAUAAUAAGGCAUCGGAUAUAGAAAAAUGCAAGAUAAGAUGAGAGAUCUCAAGUACAAUUCUUAACAAAGAAAAAUAUGUUUGUCUUUUAUGAUACUUUCUGUGUCAUCUUGCUGAUAUCGAAUUAAUGUCCCUUUUUUACACAAUAUGAUAAAUAACAUUAUGAAAAUCAUGGAAAAAUCGCCAAAUUUUUUCUUUGGUUAUUAGGAUCGCUAAAAGCUUAAUGGUUUUAGAAAAGUUUUAAAUAACUUUUUCUUUUAGUAAAAAUUGGGAACCCUUAACUUUAUUACCUUUGUAUAUAUAUAUAGGAUUUUUUACACAGCUAUUUAUAUAUACAUAUAUACAUAUACAUAUAUAUGUAUAUAUAAUAGCUUCAUCUUUUACUAUAAAUCAUUACAACUAUUAUUAUCAUCGCGCCAUCAUCGCCAUUGUUUUUUUCUUUUUUUCUCGCGCUUAUUUAUAUUCCAAUUUGUAAGUUAGUGACCAGUGAUCAGUGAUCACGAAAAUCGUUCAUAGUGCGCUUACUGUUAACUUUUGUGUAUAUAUCUCGUCGACCAACGCGGUUAAUCACGAGGGAGUCCGAGAUAUCCGGGUGUGUAUCCCCUCGUAACAUAAUAAAUAUAUACAGUGAGAAGAGA